GGGAGCGCGCGGCAUAAAACCGGCGCGAGUUGCAGAGCUUCCUGAGUGACCCGCCCGCUUAGCACACAGCAGCAUCUGCAGAACAACAGCCACCCCUCACGAUCACAAUGGAAGACGAUAUUGCUGCCCUGGUUGUUGACAAUGGCUCUGGUAUGUGCAAAGCUGGCUUUGCCGGAGAUGAUGCUCCUCGUGCAGUAUUUCCAUCAAUUGUGGGUCGCCCCAGACACCAGGGUGUCAUGGUUGGUAUGGGACAAAAAGACAGCUAUGUAGGAGAUGAAGCUCAGAGCAAGAGAGGUAUCUUGACCCUGAAAUAUCCAAUUGAACACGGAAUUGUCACCAACUGGGAUGAUAUGGAGAAGAUCUGGCAUCACACAUUCUACAAUGAGCUGAGAGUUGCCCCAGAGGAGCACCCAGUGCUGUUGACUGAAGCCCCUCUGAACCCUAAAGCCAAUCGUGAAAAGAUGACACAGAUAAUGUUCGAGACCUUCAACACACCAGCCAUGUAUGUUGCCAUCCAGGCUGUGUUGUCUCUGUAUGCCUCUGGACGUACCACUGGUAUUGUGAUGGACUCUGGUGAUGGUGUCACACAUACUGUGCCAAUCUAUGAAGGUUAUGCUCUGCCUCAUGCCAUCCUGCGUCUUGACUUGGCUGGACGUGACCUGACAGACUACCUCAUGAAGAUCCUGACUGAAAGAGGCUACAGCUUUACAACCACUGCUGAGAGAGAAAUUGUCCGUGACAUUAAGGAGAAGCUCUGUUAUGUUGCUCUUGACUUUGAGCAGGAGAUGGCUACUGCUGCUUCCUCCUCUUCCCUGGAAAAGAGCUAUGAGUUGCCUGACGGGCAGGUCAUCACCAUUGGUAACGAGAGAUUCAGGUGCCCUGAAGCCUUAUUCCAGCCUUCCUUCCUUGGUAUGGAGUCAUGUGGCAUUCAUGAAACUACCUACAACUCAAUCAUGAAGUGUGAUGUAGACAUCCGUAAGGAUCUCUAUGCCAACACUGUCCUGUCUGGAGGUACCACUAUGUACCCAGGAAUUGCUGACAGAAUGCAGAAAGAAAUCACUGCCUUGGCUCCCAGCACUAUGAAAAUCAAGAUCAUUGCCCCACCUGAGCGCAAAUACUCUGUCUGGAUUGGAGGAUCCAUCUUGGCUUCUCUGUCCACCUUCCAACAAAUGUGGAUCAGCAAGCAGGAAUAUGACGAAUCUGGACCAUCCAUUGUCCACCGCAAAUGCUUCUAAAUGGACUAACCCAUUUCAAACACCUGUGCAGGAAGAUCACAUUGGCAUGGCUUUCCCCCUACUUUUGUUGGCGCUUGGCUCAGGAUUCAAUAACUGGAAUGCAGAGAUGGCAAGCAUAAACUACAAUGCAACUGAGGACUGUACAUUUCUUUUUUUGUUUCUAGUCAUUCCAAAAGUGUAAUGCAUUGUUUUGGAGGUAAAUCUCCAGUUAAUGCUGCCCAGCUGGUGAGAGCCCUUACAGAAAUCAUGGUGAUCAUAUAGCUUGUAUGUUCUGCUAUGUACCCAAACAUGUCUUUUGUAUCUUCAGCCUUGAACAUUUUGUAACUUGUUUGAUCCAGCAAUUGACUCCAUUUAACAUCUGGAAGGUUUACAUAGUCAUUGAUCUCAGUAAGCUGUGAGGGGUUACCUGUGCACUUAACUGAAAAUAAAAGUUACCAUGUUUCACAUCAAA